AUGGCGGUCUCUCGCAAUGGCAGCAGUAAUACCGCUCAUGUCAAUAUGAUGACGGACAGCGUUAUAGCGAACCUACCACCUGACGGUCUCCGAGUUAUCAUCCGCUCACUACUGGCAUCUCACCCUAAUAUCACCCCCAGCUUUGAAGACGCAACACGUCAAUACCUUGCUCAGGCCCAGACAAAGUCGUCAAAAUCUCAGUUUGCUAGUCUUGAUGUUGAAGGAUUGGACCAGGCCCGGAAGAUAGCUCGCUGUAUGCUUGGAUCUGGGCAAGCGUUCGAUGGCGUUUCUAUUCUUGACAAAUUAGUUUUUCGCGGUGUUCAAAUCGCUCUCGACUCACCAGAAACAGAGGAUCAGAGUGUCGCUUCACUCCUUGCUUCUCUGGAUGGCGAUUUGGUCCAGGCCAUGACAGCCGUGACAAAGAAACUUGCUGUUAGCUCCGGGGCACGAGCGCUUUCUUCAAAAGAACAGAAUAUUAUUCAAGGACUGUUUGAGUCUCUUGCUAAGUGUCAAGAGAUGCUGAAGGGCACAGGCAUAGACUUUCCCUAUGGAAGGGGGAUGCUCACGACUGCAAAUAUGCUGGGUUUAGCUUUGCCGGACUCGCCAGAAACAAGAUUGAGCAAGGUACCUUCGGACACGGCACGGCCUCCGCUAUCCAAGGAAACCUUUGAGCUCGGUGAUAGAAGACUACCUCGCAUUUUCUCAGGCCUAUGGCAGAUGUCAAGUCCAGCUUGGGGCUCUGCACAAAUGUCCGAAAUCAUCGAAGGAUUCUCGACGCAUGUCCGAAAUGGGUUUACUGCGUUCGACAUGGCAGACCACUAUGGUGACGCUGAGGUUCUCUAUGGCCGUUUUCGGUCAAUGUAUCCCCAUAGGGACGCCAUGUUUACUGCGACAAAGUACUGCGUGUUUCAUCCAAUGACUGUUUCCCGGGACGCAGUGCAAGCCAAUGUGAGCGAGAGGUGUAAUAGAUUGCAGCAAGAGGUGAUCGACCUGCUUCAAUUUCACUGGCAACUUUGGGAUAAUCCGCAGUAUAUCGACGCGCUACAACAUUUGGCAGAAGACAAGCGAGUGGCUAGGAUCGGGUUAUGUAACUUUGACACGGAACAUCUUGAGCGAGUUGUCGAAAGCGGUGUCAAGAUAUACACGAAUCAGGUUCAGUUCUCAUUAAUUGACUCGAGGCCUACUGUGAAGAUGGCAGAUGCAUGCUCCAGACAUGGCAUCAAGCUGUUGACAUAUGGAACUCUGUGCGGUGGAUUUAUCGCAGAUAAGUGGCUCAAGCAACCUGAACCCGAUGUCUACGACACCAACAUCACUCCUAGCCAAAGAAAGUACUACGGAAUGAUAUGCAGCUGGGGCGGCUGGGAUCUCUUCCAAGAGCUGCUCAGCGUCCUUGACACCAUCGCGACAAAGUACAAAGUUAACAUCUCCAACAUAGCUACGCGCUGGGUCCUAGACUUUCCCUAUGUCGGAGCAGUCAUUAUUGGCGCGAGGAUCGGCAUGAGUGAGCAUACAAGUGACAAUGCUACUACUCUCGGCUGGAGGUUGGAUGAUGGUGACCGGAGGCUGAUUGAAGAGGUCUUGGACCGGAGUAACAGAGCCGAGAUGUUUGAGACAAUGGGCGAUUGCGGUAAUGAGUAUCGAUAA